AUGGUUCGCCGCCGCCCAGACGCCCCCGAAGGCUAUCAGGACGAGUCGCACAAGCUCAAACGACCGCCCUUCUUCCUUCGUGUCUGCAGCCUUCUCCUUUUACUCGCCAUUUCCACUCAGGCGUAUCGCAUCUCAGUUCGAGCACGCUCCCCUGUUCCUCCCCGAGCCAGAUUUCCCCCCCGGGACUUCUAUACCAAGAGAUACAGGCGCGGAAACAGGAGUGGGAAGCCUGGCAGCAAAAGCGGCGAGAUUUUGAGCGAGAGCGGCGAGACUUUGAGCAAGAGCGGCGAGACUUUGAGCAAGAGCGGCGAGACUUUGAGCAAGAGCGGCGAGAGUGGGGGCAAGAGCGAGCACGCUUGCUCAUUUGCAACGCAGUCCGACCACUACAAGAGCGCACUCGUAGCAUUCAUUUCAUCUCAUCUCCCCUACCUCUCGAGCCCCACUGCGGGUUCCAUCGCCACCCGCGCCACCGGUACCUCCACCACAGCAUUCUCUCCCUCUGGGCAGACAGAACCCCUCAGCCGCGCCGAAGAGGAGGAGGAGGGCGAUCCUACCUCCGAACGAGGCCGCUUCCCCGCGGGCUUGGACGACGGGUCUCCGAAGGCACCCGGGAGCUCUGGUUCCGGCUCGGGUCGACCGAGCCCAUCCCACCGAGGCAGUGUGGUUAGCCACCACUCAGACUUGCCUGGGAUCCAAAGCCCGUGCCAGGAGGUCGUAAUCUCUGCCCCCGAGGCUCCCGUGCAAGACGAGCUUCGAGCGUCACAGUCCUCCUCGCAUGGCAUCGAGUCGUCGCGCAACAGAGGCUCAGGGGG